AGUACAGUCACUUCACAGAUCCUGUGAAGUGUACAAGCUCAGUUUUGUAACAACGUUGGGAUAGAAAAGAACUGAAAAUGACAAAAAACUUAACGAAUAGUUUUUUCCUGUUGUUCGAUCGCCCAAAUGAACCUAUGGUUUCUUUAAAAGGCGACAAUGGGGUCCUGUUUCAACUUACCGAUCAACAUCUUGGACAAGAUUACAAGAACAAUGGAAUCGAAAUCAACAACCGUUUCGGCGAAGAAGCAUCUGAGAUAAUACCUUUGAAGGAAUUGAAAACAUUACCGAAAUUCACAAAAGCAACAAAGUUACCCAAGGAUGCCGAAUUCUCGGUGCUAUUGCCAGCCCAUCAGGAGAUGGCAGACGAAGUGAUUGAUGCACUUCUUGCUAUUCCGGAAAAUCAACUGCAAGACUUGUUAUCAACGUGUGUCUAUGCAAGAGUCAAUCUAAAUCCUCAGCUGUUCAACUAUUGCUACUCUGUAGUACUAAUGCACAGACCUGACACUGAAAAUAUUCCGAUUCAAAACUUUGUUGAAACUUUCCCCGCUAAAUUUGUGGACUCCCAAGUAUUUGGACAAGCUCGUGAAUCGGCUACAGUAGCCGCUCGAGGUGCACCCCGUAUCCCAAUCGUGAUUCCUAGAGAUUACACUGCAACAGAUUUGGAUAUUGAGCAUCGGCUGGCAUACUGGCGUGAGGAUCUUGGUAUAAAUCUUCACCACUGGCACUGGCAUUUAGUGUAUCCGUUCACUUCUAACCAACGUGCCAUUGUGGCGAAAGACCGUCGCGGAGAACUGUUCUUCUACAUGCACCAGCAAGUUAUUGCUAGGUACAACGGAGAACGUCUAGCAAACUCGUUGUCGAGAACAAAAAAGUUCAGUAACUUUAGGGAAAAAAUACCCGAAGCUUAUUUCCCGAAAUUGGACAGUCUAACAACGUCCCGCGGUUGGCCUCCACGGCAGGCCAACAUGCAAUGGCUUGAUGUGAAUCGCCCCGUUGAUGGAGUUGUCGUCACCCUCGACGACAUGGACCGUUGGAGGCGCAAUAUUGAGGAGGCUAUAGCUACGGGUCUCGUUAAAUUGCCGAAUGGUUCCACCCAGACCUUGGACAUCGACACGCUGGGCAAUAUCAUUGAGGCCAGCAUCUUGUCUCCUAAUAGAGAAUAUUACGGUUCCCUACACAACAAUGGACACAAUAUUUCCGGCUACAUGCAUGACCCCACGCACCGGUACCUGGAGUCCUUCAACAUAAUUUCUGACGAGGCUACGAACAUGCGUGAUCCAUUCUUUUACCGUUGGCACGCUUUUAUCGACGACCUCUUCCAACGUUUCAAGGAGUCACCUAACGUGCGGCCUUACAGUCGUUCAGAGUUAGAGAAUCCAGGAGUCCAAAUAUCGUCUGCCCGCGUUGAAAGUUCGACCGGUGACGUGAACAUCUUCAACACGUUCUGGAUGCAGAGCGACGUGGACAUGUCCCGCGGCCUCGACUUCUCCGACCGAGGACCAGUAUAUGUACGCUUCACCCACCUUAAUCACCGCCCAUUCCAAUACGUGAUUAACGUCAACAACACUGGAAACGCUAGACGCGCGACAGUCCGUAUAUUCAUGGCACCUAAAUUUGAUGACCGCAACUUACCCUGGAUACUCGCCGACCAACGUAAAAUGUUCAUAGAAAUGGACAGAUUCGUCGUUCCUCUGAACGCUGGACAGAACACAAUCACCCGUAAAUCAACGCAGUCAAGCUUGACGAUCCCCUUCGAGCAGACGUUCCGCGACCUGUCGGCGCCGGGCGGCGACGUGCGCGCGCCCGAGCGCGCCGCGUUCAACUUCUGCGGCUGCGGCUGGCCGCAGCACAUGCUGGUGCCGCGCGGCACGGAGCCCGGCAUGCCCUACCAACUCUUCGUCAUGCUCUCCAAUUAUGAAUUGGACAGCGUGAACAACCCUGAUGGUACUCAGAAAACUUGUGUAGAAGCAUCAAGUUUCUGCGGUCUCAAAGACCGUCUAUAUCCCGACAGACGCAACAUGGGCUUCCCCUUCGACCGGCCCUCAAGCAGCGCAGCCAACAUCCAGGAUUUUAUUCUACCCAAUAUGGCUCUCGUCGAUGUCACCGUCCGCUUGCAAAACGUUACGGAACAAAAUCCACUAAAUCCUAAGACCACAUAGGUCAAAUGACCUCUGAACUUCGAUUAAAAUAUAAUAACUUCGAUUUUUUUUUAUAAUUAUUCGUUUGUAAUUUGGUUAAAAUUUGUACGUAUACUUUGUGCAUUAAAAAAGAAAGGCUAAUAGACUAAGUUUAAUGAAUUUUUAAGUAUUGUACAUAGUUAUUUAGAUUUAAUAGUUAUAAAUGUGACCCAGUACUUUAAUAAAGAGAUAGUAAAAAUA